AUACGAAGGAGUAGCAUCUACGACGUCUACGAGAAAGCUAAAACGCGUGGUAUCGAACUACAAAGAAGCAAAUGGGCCAUGCGACUCUUCGAGUAUACAUUCUAUCUCAUACUUGUCGCCUUCGUAUACUUUGUCCUCGUUGGAGUACCCUUGUGGAAAGGUGCCGUUUACUGGUUGUACUGGGUGUUCAAACACAAGUUCGCCGUCCCUGGAACAUGGGCCGUCACCAUCGGUAUUGCUUUCCUCUACGCUUGGACUCCGCUGCUUGUCUUCUUCGAAAAAGACCCGCCCAUGCCUGUUGAUAUUGACAACAUUGAUCCCAACCGAACACCCGGUGUCCACAACACAGCGCUCAUGAUACCCUGUUACAAGAGCGCCAAUAUCAUUGGUCCUACUCUAGAGGCAGCCUUGAAGAUCUUUCCGCCUUCACACAUCUUCGUCAUCGCCAACGGUAACAGUCCAACCCCGCUUGAUGAUACUGAAUUAGUAUGUCGUCCCUACGGAGUCAACCAUGUCUGGUCUCCCGUCGGCUCGAAAAUCGUCGCACAGUUUGUGGGAUGUUACGCUGCAAAAGGCUUCAAGAACGUCCUCCUCAUCGACGAUGAUUGCGCUCUCCCUCCGAAUUUCCCCAUUGUCAGCGACAGAAUGACGCCGAUGAUCAAAUGUAUAGGGUAUACGAUCAAAUCUGUGGGACCAGAAUCAUCUCGAGGUACUUUGUGUCAACAGGCUCAAGAUUUGGAGUACAAGAUCAGUGGCAUUCAACGAGCCUUGGCUGGAUACAUGGGCAGCGCAACCUUUCCUCACGGCGCUAUCUCGCUCUGGGACCGUGAGUUUCUGAUUCAGACGUUCUACAAACACCCAGGCUUCAGUGUCUCCGAGGACUGGUUCUUUGGUCAUGUGGCUAGACAGCUUGGCUCCAGAAUCACGAUGUGUACCUCGGUCUUCAUCGAGACCGAAACACCGAAUGCUGUCUUUUUCAGCUCUGGCGGCGCACGAGGAGGUUUCGGUGAGAUGACCAUCUUCAAACAACGCUUCUAUCGCUGGAAUUUCUUCUUCGUUAACGGUAUGUACUAUAACAUGGCCUACAUCCUGGGUUCCUGGAGACUCGGCUUCUGGGAGAUAGGAGCCAAACUUUUCGUGUUUCAAGAAGUCUACGAGACACUGUUGUACCUCUUUACGCCAUUCGUACUUCCUAUCUCAAUCAUCGUACGCCCGGAGUUUUUCGGUUAUUUGUUUGCGGGCACAUUUAUGUUGUAUUUCCUCAACGCCAUCAUCUUCAACGAGCUCCAUCUGAGGUUGAAGAGGGAAAGAGUUGGAUCUACGUGUCUCUAUCUCUAUUACAUGCCAUACAAGAUCGUGCUCACGUUCAUCAAUGUUGGCAGCUGCUACUACUCACUAUACAAGUAUGCCCAGUACUUCGCUCGGCGCCACCCAAAAAUUGUCGAAGACGAGAAAGCAGUCGAUGUAGUCUUGAGGAUGGAAGAACAGCAGGAUACCCUGGCCGAUCAAGGACGACGCAUGACCAUCACAGCAGUCGGUGCUCAAACUCAAGGAUCA